CUCCGGCAGAAGCUGCGCUGUAUGGUUUCACUGUUUAGUUGGAUAAACGCGGAUUUGAUGGAAAAAUUCAAAAUGACCAAAAGAACCACUUCUCUCCUGUUUAAGGCGCUGGUGGAUAUGGAGGAUGGAAAACUUUUAAAGGCUGUGCGUGGAAACUCCAGAAGAGCACACUUUAGGCACUUGGGAUCCUGUGGAAUCCUGGCGGAAAGGAGGACCAGCCUUCAGCUCUGCCCUGCCACCCCCAUGAGGACAACCAGGCGCACUUUCAUCAACCUGGCUGCUCCCAUCAGCACCCGCAGGAUGGAGUACACCGAGUCCAGGAUAUUAGAGUACACUCCAGAAGAAAUGUACAACGUAGUGGCCAAUGUGGAAGAGUACAAGUAUUUUGUUCCCUGGUGCAAGAAGUCUCGAAUGACGAAGGGACCGAAUGGGGACAUCCGGGCAGAGCUUGAAAUUGGUUUUCCUCCCAUCACUGAGCGAUAUACAUCUAAGCUCACUUUUGUUCCUAACCACCAAGUCAGAGGUGUGUGCUCUGAUGGAUCCCUCUUCAGCCAUCUUGAAACAGUGUGGAGGUUUUCGCCUGGAGCCAAAGACCUACCAGGCUCCUGCAAAGUGGAUUUCUUUGUGUCCUUUGAGUUCAAAUCUCUGCUGCACUCUCAGUUGGCCUGCGUGUUCUUCGAUGAAGUUGUGAAGCAAAUGGUCAGUGCCUUCGAGUCCCAAGCAGCGACACUUUACAGAAACAAGCGAGUUGCUUCGUUGAGGAGUCGUGCAGCUCUGAGCAACCAUCUCUGACCUCUUCAGUGACCUUAUUCUGUCUGGCUUUUAAUCAAAACCCAGCCAUCGUGCUGCUUUAACUACAGUCAACACUUGACUCUUGUCUGAGACCUGUUCUCCUAUUUACACACACCUGUACUUUAUUGAUAUGUUAAUGCAAUGUACUCAACUAUUUAUUUUUUAGCCAAAUUCUAAUUUAUUUACAUUUCUGUACAUUUUUAUUUAUUUUAACAACGAUAAAUGUAUAGUUUAAAUAAAUCAAAUAAAAGGCUUUUUUUCAAGGGGAAUGCUUGGAGAACUGAUUC